AAUAUGCUGGAUUUGAAAUAGCAACACAUCAUCAAAGUUUAACUUCAUCUCUUUUCACCUCUGGAUGAGUCAAUGGGGAAAGGAUAUACUCUAGAGCUCUUCUAACACGGUGGUGGAGGGAAGAUUUUGUAUGCUUUAGCAUCAAGACAAUUAUAAGACGACAAUGUCUGUGACUAAGUAAUGCAUCUUCCGACGGCUCAUAAGGUUGAGUGUUAAUUCUGUGAUUCGUAUAUGAACUAGCAUUGUUAACGCAGACAAUUGCUUUGACUCUGACGAUGUUGUAAUGAGAUAGUCAAGGAACAAUGUUAUUGUUCAACAAAGAAUAGAACAGCAUCGACAGGACCCUCACCAAAGAUAUUUCUAUAUAUAUCAGUCUAAUUCACCUCUUCAAAUCAGAACCAGAAACAACAGCAACUCCAAGCCAACGUGGACAGCGUACUCAAAGCUCAAGUCUACUAAUCUCGCAAAUACUCUUGUCUCUCGCACUUCAAACUUCUCUUCAAGAAAAGCAAAUCCAAACUCCAAUCUUCCACCAUGUGUCGAACCGUCCGCCAGACCAACCACAGCUGUGGUCACCAAGUCACCACCAGCAUGGGCAAAGCCAAGUUCUGCCUAUUCUACCCGCACAAGGCCGAGGACUUCCACGCCGUGACGACCGUCUACGCCUCAGCUACGAACAACCACCCCUGCUACGAGUGCAAGGUGAAGAUGGACGCGUUCGCCAACGGCCUCAAGGGCGCCGACAAGCACCAGUACGUGACGAAGCGGUACGCCGAGUCCCGCGAGGCGAGCUCGAAGAAGCUCGCGAAAGAGCACAUCGCCGCCGCGAACAAGAGCCAGAAGAACAGCGAGCUCCUCACGCCCGAGAAGAUCGCCCAGCUGAACGAGAACGCGCGCGAGCAGGUCAAGUACUACCUGCACGGCAAGCGCGCGCAGGGCAAGGUCGAGCGCACCAUCCUGCUCAAGACGAUAAUCCAGAUGCCGGAUGUGAUCGACCGCAAGGGCCUCGUCAAGCUCUUCGGCUCGCACGUCGUCUGGGACUGGCGCGAUCGCGAGAAUGCGGUCUGGAAGGGCUUGCCUUCCGGCGACAGAGCCGCGCUUAUGUCCAUUGCUCGACGCGCGGGCUUGAGCAAGACCUUGGAGGAAGGGUUCAAGGAGCAGCGUCCUAUCGAGGUGAAGGCAGUGAAUGCAGCAAAGGCGAAGUAAAUCUCCAGUGAUCCCAUCUACCGGGGCGAGUACUUCAGGCUCUUGCUAGCUGACGGAUUGGAUGACCUGAGCUUCAUCUACUCCGUAAGUUAGGGGGCGCAUUUUAGCUUAUACUUGCAUUAGUUGGAGUUAGUUUACCCUCUGUUUCCUGGUUAAUAAGAAAGUUUGCUGUUUACAAUAUCUCUAUCCAUAUAGCUAAUACGUGAUGUAAAAAAUGAUCUAAUACUAGAGGAAUAG